AUGUCGGUAACACCUAGUCAUUUCCCACUGAAUGGGACAAGCCUCUUUGCUGAAAAUCAUGGCAUUAUGGAUAUAACCAAUGGACAAAGAACUUUGAAUAUCUUUCUUUUUUGCUUGACAUUUAUAAUUACGCUCACUACCCUGCUGGGCAGCAUUUAUUCACUAGUUUCCUUACUGAAAAUUCAAAACAAAACCACACUUUCAAUGAUCGUGACUUCCUUAUCUGUGGAUGAUUUGAUAAGCGUGGUGCCAGUGACUAUCUUUAUGCUCAUGCAGUGGUCAAGCGAGGCGCUCCCCCAGCCUCUGUGCACCACAUCAGCGCUGCUUUAUUUAUUUCAGGGCAUUUCUAGCAAUCUGAAAGGUACUCUUAUAGUUUCUUACAACUUCUACACGAUCAACAAAACUGUGAUGUGGAGUCAGCGGACCUCCAAACAGCCAGUGAGCAUGAUAUGGGCCAUUCUCACUAUCUGGAUUGUCAGCUUGCUGGUGUGCAUUUUGCCUCUCUGUGGUUGGGGCACCUAUGUCCCCACCUCUUGGGGUUGCCUCACAGACUACACCAGUUCCUACGUCCUGUUUUUAUUCAUUUUCUACUCGCUGUGCUUCUGCCUCCUCACUGUGCUUUCUGUCCCUCUAACUUACCAACUGUUGUGCUCAGAUGAGCAACAGCGUCUUUAUGUCGAUUACCAGGAAAUCACCCAAGGCUAUUUCACUCCUGGGACGCCCCCAGUCUGUAGCACCGCCCUAUCCCUUUCUCCGGAGGACCCCGUGGAUAAAACCUUGAAGCAUUUCCGAAACACCUGCUCCAGCUCGGAGAUGGCAUUCAGGCAAAGCCCAGCUGAGAGCUGUGGGCUGGACUCCCAUUGCACAAACAGUGUGCAGAGCAGGAGCUACACUGUGGAGUUUGCUCAGAAACGAUUCUCGCUGAUUCUUGCAUUGACAAAAGUCAUUCUCUGGCUUCCAACAAUGAUACAGAUGGCUGUCCAGCACAUAGUGGGUUUUCAAAGCCUUUCCUUUGAGACAUUCAGUUUUCUGCUGACUUUACUAGCUGCCACGGUCACCCCUGUGUUUGUUUUGUCAGAACGCUGGAUCCACCUGCCCUGUGGCUGCAUCAUUAACUGCAGGAGGAAUGCAUAUGCCAUUUCUUCAGAAGAAAGGAAGACAAAAAGGAGAGGUUUUGAAUUCAAUCUAUCAUUCCAACAAGGUUAUGGAAUCUACAAGAUAUCCCAUGAAAACCACCACCAUGAAGAUGAUGGUGAUGAUAACUCUAUAUCAUAUCACAAUCUGAUGAACUAUGACUGUGAAAACACACAAGAAUCUCAGAAAGAUACCAACAAAAUCCUUAAAUCUGCCAAAAUUGAGUUCAGCACCAUUCCCACAGAGGAUAGCUCCAUGUUUAAAGAUUUCAACAAGGGCAAAAAUAUGGAGACUAAACAAGAACUUGGCAAGGACAAAAGCAUGGACUGUCUUCUUUCAGACAAACUAGAAGCCUUUAAAAGAGAGGAGGUCAGAAACUUUGACAAAUCAACAUUUUUUGAAGCGCAGGAAAGAAGGCUGUCUCACGAGGAGAGCCGUAAACCAGAACUCUCAGAUUGGGAGUGGUGCAGGAGCAAAUCUGAAAGGACUCCUCGUCAGCGCUCAGGUGGGGCCUUAGCUAUUCCUUUAUGUGCAUUUCAAGGGACUGUAUCUCUCCAUGCACCCACGGGAAAAACUCUCUCUUUAUCUACCUACGAGGUAAGCACUGAAGGUCAAAAAAUAACACCCACAUCAAAGAAAAUUGAAGUAUAUCGAUCAAAGAGUGUUGGUCAUGAGCCAAACCCUGGGGAUUCUCCUACUACAUUUGCAGACACAAAUGUUAAAAUUCAUUUAGAAGUUCUUGAAAUUUGCGACAAUGAAGAGGCCAUGGAUACUGUAUCAAUCAUCAGUAAUAUCAGUCAGUCGUCUACCCAGGUCAGAUCCCCAUCUUUGCGUUAUUCACGGAAAGAAAACAGGUUUGUUUCAUGUGAUUUAGGAGAAACUGCUUCCUACUCUCUCUUUAUACCAUCAAACAAUCCUGACAGCGAUAUUAACAUAUCAAUUCCAGAUACUGUUGAAGCUCAUAGGCGGAAUAGUAAAAAGCAGCAUAUGGAGAGAGAUGGUUAUCAGGAAGAAAUACAACUGUUAAAUAAAGCAUACAGAAAAAGGGAAGAAGAUGGCAAAAGCAAUUAAAAGACACUUAGAGUAGUAAAUAUGAUUUGACUGACACUCCUCUUCUGCUUCAACUGAUCUAUCAAACACAAUGACUUUUCUCUUCUGUAACAAGUAAUUUUGUUUUGUUUGGCUAUAGCAAUGGUUCUCAACAUGCGACCCAUGGGCCACUUGCGGCUCAAUCAACACAUAGCUGCGGCACAUGUGACAUCCUCAGGGCCAUACAGGUACAUUGUGUGGUUUUGGCCCACAUAACAAGGAGCUGCAUACAUGGCCCACAAUAGCUAAAAGGCUGAGAACCACUGGACUAUACCAAUAAGUAGGUUUUUUUAAAAUGUAUG